CGCCAAAGGAUUCCCGGUAAAAUUCAAAAAUGAAAAAGAACGGCAAAAUUCCUCUUCUCCCUCCAACUGUUACUUCUUUUUCAUCGUGCGUUUCUCAUUUGCUUCAAAACCGAAGCAACGCUUAACUCUUCAUCUUUCUAAAGAGAAUCUAACAACCCGUUUCUCUACCCGACUUCAAAGAUGGAUCUGUCAGACAUAGCGAGAAAGCUAGGUCUCUCAGAGAACAAGCUGCUGGUCCGAAAAGCGGCGGAGCUCCGCCGCCUCUGCGAUGUCCAGUUCGAUUCCUCCAUCAUCGGUGUCGGAGAGGUUUGUAAAGCUAUAAUCUGCUUAGAAAUUUCCGCUGCAAGGUUUGGGGAUGUUAUAUUUGAUAGGCAGAAAGCCAUCAAGUUAAGUGGAAUGUCCGAGAAGGCUUACAGUAGAUCUUUCAAUUCCUUGCAGAAUGGUCUAAAUAUCAAGACAACACUGGAUAUUAGAGAAUUGGGAAUUCAAUUUGGAUGUGUUAGGCUUAUUCCUUUUGUGAAGAAGGGCUUAUCUCUCUAUAAGGAGCGGUUUACAGCAUCGUUGCCUGUUUCCAGGCAGGCGAGUGCAGACUUCACUAGGCCAGUGUUUACUGCUGUGGCAUUUUACUUGUGUGCAAAAAAACACAAGCUUAAGAUAGACAAGGUUAGGUUGAUUGAAGUUUGUGGCACCUCUGAAUCUGAGUUUUCUUGUGUCUCAACCUCCAUGAAAGAUCUAUGCCAUGAUGUUUUUGGAAUCUCAAGUGAAAAAAAGGAUCCCAAGGAAGUGAAAGGAAAUCGAGAACUGCUAGAUGUGUUGCCUGAAAAAAGAAAAUUUGAUGAUGGUGGUUAUUUAUCUGAUGAUGGACCAGAGCUUUCAAGCUACAAACGGCAUAAGAAAAUGGAGAAAGUUGCUUAUGAAGAGUGGAAGUCGUCUGUUCUUUCAUCCAACAAGAAAAGCACAAAAGCGCCUUGCAAGCGGACCACUCAAACCAGUCUGAACUUUCUGAAGGAAAUUUCUGAGACACAGGAAUUGAAGGCUGUAUAGGAGACAUGUAGGCUUUCAUUUCUAGUUUUUAAGUUGUCUGAGCUGAUCCUGCUGAAUUAAUAUUAGAAUAAAAGAUCAGAAUUAACAUGGGUAGAAAUGGAUCAAAGUUAUUGGUUAUGCAAUUUUUGUAUAUGAUCAUAUCUAUCAUGAAAGUCUCUUAUACAUGGUUGUGUAGGUAUCUCAAAAAGCAAGAAAAAAAAAAGGGUCAGCAACAAUAUU